CUGAUUGAAAUAAAUAUUAACAUAAAACACCCAACGUAGACCCCUAAAUAUGCUAAGUAACUAACAAUAGACAAAUAAAGGACCACUUGUCCUCCAAGUUAUAUAAUUAUUUGAUGACCUGAAUCAAAUUUAUCUUCUAAAUUAAUAAAUUGGCGUUUUAUUGUCCAUUGGUUUGUGUCGAGCAAGUCACAACGGCGGAACCUUUUAAUCCGUCGUUGUUUCCGCACGCCGAGUACAGUGGCGGACGUCUGCUUCUCAACAUGCGCCAUUGAAAACAAACGGAACGUUAGUAGAAACGUCGGCUGAUUCAUUUUUAUGCCAACUAGUUAUCUUGUCUUUUAUAAGCGAACGGCACAUUUAUAAGCAAUGGAGACUAUUUUAGAGCAACAACGACGCUAUCACGAAGAGAAAGAGAGGCUAAUGGAUGCUAAAACAAAAGAAAUGUUACACAAGAAGUCCACGCUGCGGGAACAGAUCAAUUCUGACCAUCGAACAAGAGCAAUGUUGGAUAGGUAUAUGGAUGUGAGUGCAAAUUUGAGGGACUCCUAUGAAGACAAAGAUGGAAUGAGAAAGGAUGAACUUGCUGCAAUCUCAGGACCAAAUGAGUUUGCAGAGUUCUACAACAGACUGAAACAGAUAAAGGAGUUUCACAGAAAGCAUCCAAAUGAGAUCUCCAUUCCCAUGUCUGCAGAGUUUGAGGAGCUGAUGAAGGCCAGAGACAACCCCAGCGAGGAGGCUCAGAACCUGGUGGAGUUCACUGAUGAGGAAGGAUACGGCCGCUACCUCGACCUCCACGACUGCUACCUGAAGUACAUCAACCUGAAGGGAGCUGAGAAAUUGGAGUAUAUCUCUUUCCUGUCUUCAUUCGACCAGCUUUUUGACAUCCCCAAGGACAGGAAGAAUGCUGAAUACAAAAAGUAUUUAGAGAUGCUGCUUGAGUAUCUGCAGGACUACACAGACAGGGUCAAACCUCUGCUGGACCAGAACGAGCUCUACGGCAAAGUGCUGUCCGACUUUGAAAAGAAAUGGGAGAACGGGACCUUUCCAGGCUGGCCUAAAGAGACAAGUAGUGCUUUGACACAUGCUGGAGCUCAUCUGGACCUCUCUGCCUUUUCUUCUUGGGAGGAGUUGGCUUCUUUGGGUCUGGACAGAUUGAAGUCUGCCCUCAUGGCACUGGGACUGAAAUGUGGAGGGGCUCUGGAGGAGAGAGCUCAGAGGCUCUUCAGCACAAAAGGCAAAUCCCUGGAAUCACUGGACCCCUCACUGUUUGCCAAGAAUCCUAAAGCCAAAGGCCCAAAAAAAGACACAGAGCGUAAUAAGGAAAUUGCCUUCCUGGAGGCUCAAGUCUAUGAAUAUGUGGAGAUCCUCGGGGAGCAGAGGCAGCUGACCCAUGAGAACGUCCAGAGGAAACAGGCCAGGACCGGAGAGGAGCGUGAGGAAGAGGAGGAGGAGCAGCUCAGUGAGAGCGAGAGCGAAGAUGAAGACAACGAGAUCAUUUACAACCCCAAGAACCUGCCACUGGGCUGGGACGGCAAGCCAAUUCCCUACUGGCUCUAUAAACUCCACGGGCUGAACAUCAACUACAACUGUGAGAUCUGUGGAAACUACACUUACAGGGGACCCAAAGCCUUCCAGAGGCACUUUGCGGAAUGGAGGCAUGCUCACGGGAUGCGCUGUCUGGGAAUCCCCAACACCGCUCACUUCGCCAACGUCACACAGAUUGAGGACGCCGUCUCUUUGUGGGCAAAGCUGAAGUCCCAGAAGGCAUUAGAGCGGUGGCAGCCAGACACAGAGGAAGAGUAUGAGGACUCCAGUGGCAAUGUGGUCAACAAGAAGACUUAUGAGGAUCUGAAGAGGCAAGGCUUGCUGUAGACUGAGCAGAAUUUGACAGUCACACUGAAUAAUUACGAAAAAAUGUAACAUCGAAUAAGCGUCCUUUAAGAUUUGCUAUAUUUUUUAUCACCCAUGUUUCUUUUUAUUUGUAAGUAGUAAUGUUUUACAGAAGGUAUCCUACCCUCUUUCCUCCCUUUGAUAACUUUGUAAUGUGGCAACCAUUGAUCAUUAUAAUAAACUGAGUACUUUUGUCA